AUGUCCGAGGUUUACAUCGUCGACGCCAUUCGCACACCGAUCGGCAAGAGGGGUGGCGCGCUGUCCGGCGUGCACCCCAUCGAUCUCGGUGCGCACGUCGUCAAGGCACUGGUCGAGCGCACCGGUAUCGAUCCCAGUGACGUCGACGACGUGAUCUUCGGUUGCGUCGACGCCAUCGGCGGCCAGGCCGGGCAACAUCGCCCG